AAAAUAUAUAAUAAAAUAUUUUUAUAAAAUAUAAAACAAGCCAAGCUGACCUGAGCUUGAGCUUAUAAACUCUUGAAUUGAGCCGAGCUCGAGGUCAAGGUUGUUGCUCGAAACUUGAGCCUUAUAGUAUAAUCUUGAGCCGAGUUCGAGCUUGAUACUAUUCCGCUCGGCUAUCCACCCUAGGUUUCAUGACGAUGGUUUCAAAUUCGGCAAGGCAAUAGGGUAGCUGGACGGGUACUCAAAACACGUAUUGACGAAUCCGACCAGCAUGCAAGAGCUGGACAAACUGCAAGGAGUCGCCUGUGAUGUGAGGAGGGGGAUGGAGGGAGUUUGGAGGAGACAAGCCUUUUAGAUAUCCUCCAAUCUGUUUGUUUCUAUGACAACUCUUUUGGUCAUUUAGUCGAACGGUAUAUCUCCACAAAUUUCUGACAAAGGCCUACGGGUUCAUCAUCGUUAAUUUAAUCCACCGAAUACCAGUUGAAGUAGAGGUGAAGUAAGAGCGAGUAUAGGGUGAAGAGUGGUUUUGUUGAUUGUUUCAAUAAUUUGAAUGGUGUAAAAUAGAGAGGAGGGGGAGUGGGUAGAGAUAGGGAAGGUCGGUACUGGUUCGGUUCUCGGUUGUGGCUUGACAUCGUUUACGAUUAAAGCUAUAUUUCGAUAAAAGAGCAAACAGAUGAUGGAAGUGGAACUGAGUAAUGAAUGCUUAUCAAGCGUGUGAUUUGUACAGGUUAUUGAGACAAGGAGGCAGGUUACUGAGAAGGGUGAUUUUAUCAUCAAUAUGAUCUCUGAAAUCAGAUUUUAUCAUCAAGCAUUUCAUUUUUAAAGGGACUUUCACUCGAAUAUGGCCAAUUUGGUUAUGGUUUGUUAUAACUUACAAAUUUGAAUUGCAUUUGUGGUACGAAUACCACCAUUUCGUGUUGUAUCACUUAGUCGCCAGUCGCCGAAGGAAAGGAGAAGAGUGAUUUAGAGAGACGGAAGUUCGUAUCUUUCUUCGCACAUGGACUAAGGGAGUCCCGCGUUUAGGAGAAGUGGCGUUCCCUAAAUGGGAGGACAUUGAUGGCGGACAGAGUGGGAAGACAGACGAUUCCAGCCCGAGUCCCCUGUAGUCGUUACGCUGCAGCUAAUGAGGUUUUUCAGUAAAAUUUCUUUUUCGUGAAAAACAUAAUCUGAGUUUUCCAUGGGAUCUCUGGUUCGAUUCGUCAGUCGUAAGAGGCUUCAAUCCAUACACUCCUCCGUAAUGAUUUCUUUGUAUCGAGACACUGUAUUCGAUCACUCUCUUUCAUCCAGGGAUUCUCUGGUCUGUUUCUGCUGUCCAAUUCAAGCCAUGCCCAGACUCUUAUAUUUGCAGAGGACAAUUUUCUUUAAACCUUUUUUUACUUGUGUUGCAUGUGCACACCAGAGAAGCUAUGGAGCAACUAGCUGUAGCUUAGAAUCAUUAUGCACAUCUACUCUGUUUUCUUCUUUGUGCUCAAAAAAUACAAAUUUGCAUGAAAUCCAUAAUGCUCUUUUAAAAUGGCAACGAGUUAAAUACAUGAGCAAUGUUCCAGUGAUGCUAAAAACAGACAAUGAUGUGGUUAGAUUUUGCCCUGAUAAGUUACUGCCUGACAAGAAUGGGUCCCAAAUAAAAGGGAAGAAGAUGCCCAAACGUGUGAAGAUGUCCAAAAAAGCAAAACUAAAUGAACUCAGAUUCUACCGACUCAAGGCCAAGAAGAAGAUCAGGUCCCCAAAUCCAGAAGUUAGGAUUAGAUACAAACUUGAAAAGGCUAAACGGAAGGAACUGUGGCUGAUUGAAAAGCUGAGGAAAUUUGAGGUUCCUAAAGCUCCGGCUGAAACAUAUGAUCCGGAAAUUUUGACUGAAGAAGAAAGAUUUUACCUAAAGCGCACUGGUGAGAAGAAGAAGAAUUAUGUCAUAGUUGGAAGACGUGGAGUAUUUGGAGGUGUGGUUCUCAAUAUGCAUCUCCAUUGGAAGAAGCAUGAAACAGUGAAGGUUGUUUGUAAACCCUGCAAGCCUGGGCAGGUCUAUGAAUAUGCUGAAGAACUUGCACGGCUAAGUAAAGGCAUUGUAAUUGAUAUAAAAGCCAACAAUACUAUAAUAUUCUACCGUGGAAAGAAUUAUGUCCAACCACAGGUUAUGUCACCUCCAGAUACCCUAUCCAAGAACAAGGCCUUGGAAAAAUAUAGGUAUGAACAGUCCCUUGAACACACAAGCCAGUUUAUUGAAAAAUUGGAGAAAGAGCUAGAAGAGUACCAUAAGCACCUUGCUAGAUACAGAAAGGGAAAAGAGACUGCAUCAGACAAUUCUACAUCUAAUAUCUGAUGGUGGAGAGCAAAGUUUGAUAAGGAAUCUGAAGGAGCUGGUGAAGAAUUUUGAGCUCAUCUCUUUGAUAAGAAUUGCAUAGCAAGAAUUAACUUAGAGGAAGAGGAACUGAACUUUGUUGCAAAUAUUUUGGAGUGUUCUAUCGCUAGUUGGCCCUUGACCUACCUAGGACUGCCUUUAGGUGCAAAAGGAAAGUAGAUUAUGGAACCCCGUAGCGAGAAAUGUGCAAAGAAACUGGCAGCUUGGAAGAGGAAUUAUGUAUCUCUGGGAGGAUGGAUUACCCUGAUCAAAUCCACACUUUUUAACCUGCCAAUCUAUUUCCUAUCAGUGUUUAGAAUUCCCCAAAAAGAAGCCAAGAGAAUUGAGAAGAUUAUGAGAGACUUCUUGUGGUAGCCGGAUGAUGGAAGGAAUGAUCAUUUGAUUAAAUGGGAGGUGGUUUGUAGAAAUCUUCAACAAGGAGGAUUGGGUAUUGGUUGUGUGGAUAAAAAGAAUAAGGCAUUGUUAGGGAAAUGGCUUUGGAGGUGGCCAGUGUAAAAGGAUAGACUGUGGCAUGAAGUAAUAGCCAGCAUACAUGGAAGGUUGGGAUGCAGGUGUAUCCAACAGAGCUACUCUGGCCUUGACUUGGAAAGCUAUUCGCAAUAUCCUACCUCACUUUCUCCGCUUCAUCAGGUAUGAUGUUUGUUUUGUGUUUGUUUUGGGAUUUCUGUUAAAUUUUGGGAGGAUAUUUGGCUUGGUUCUUGUCUGUUAAUGGAACUUUUCCCCUCAUUAUACUCAGUUUCUUUGUAUAAAAAUGAGUUUGUAUCAAGGUUUGUUGUUUCCCCUUCAAAUUCUAUGGACCUUAGUUGGGACUUUGGAUUCCAUAGAGGUCUUAGGGAUAACGAAAAUUUGGCUUGUCCGAACCUUCUACAACUCUUUCAAAAUGUUUGCUUGGAACCUGGUAAACCGGAUAAGUUGGAUUUGGGCCCCCAACCCUAAGGGCUUGUUCUCUUGUGCUUCUUUGUUCAAGACCUUUUGUGAUUCUUCAGUUUCUUCCUUUCCCAUCAAAGAGUUUUGGUGUAGACCCAUUCAACCAAGGUAAGAGCCUUCUGCUAGGAAGUAGUUCGUGGGAAGAUAAAUAUUAUGGACUUGCUUCAGAAGAGAAGGCCUAACUCCUGCCUCUCCCCGAACUGGUGUGUCUUGUGCAAAUCCAAUAAUGAGAGUUGUUUCCACUUACUGAUUUCUUGCCUCUUUGUUGCAGAUUUUUGGCUUUAGUUUUCUUCUUUGUUUGGGUGCAGGUGGACGUUACCUACAGAGGUUACUAUGUUAUUUGAUCCCUCCUGUUUUACUUGGCCAAAGAAGAGAGGGACGACAUUGUGAAGACGUAUUAGAGCAGCCUUGAUUUGGACCAUUUGGGAAGAAAGAAAUGCAAGAAUCUUCUUAGAAAAGGAGAGAAGCAUGGAAGAAAUCAGGUUUUGUGUGAUGGUUAUAGUCAUCCACUGGAUAAAGACACUGGAGUUGUUCUCCCAGUUCUCCUUUGACGACAUUUGGAGGAAUUGGGAGAUAGCUGCUAAAAGCUCUAAGGGGAAGGAUAGAAUGGAGGUGGCCUGGACACCACCGAUUGAAGGUUUUGCCAAACUGAAUUUUGAUGGGAGUUGCCGAGGUAAGCCAGGCUUUUGUGGAAUUGGAAGGGUGGUGAGAGAUGGAGAAGGUAAACUUGUAGCACUGUUUUAUGGUCCUGUGUGUAUGGGGGACUCUCUCAAAGCUGAACUGCUUGCUGCAAUCCAAGGGGUGCAAAUAGUUAGUGAGCUUAACUUGACAAACUGGUGGUAGAAUGGCUAAGGAAUCCUGAGUCUAUAAUUUGGUGUUACAGGUGUGAAUGAAAAAAAUUUACUUGGCUAACCAGGAAUAUGAGUUUAAGGAUACAAUGGGUGAAAGAUCAGCAAAUGGGAUGGCGGAUGCUUUGGCUAAAAAGGGGUGAACAGGUCUAGUUGAUUCAGUGCACAGUUGUGAUUUGUUUUUUUUCUGUAUGAGAGGUAGCAGCUCUUGUCUCUCUAAGGGAUGAUUGUAAAGUCUUUACUUUAAGAAUUUUAAUAAAAUUUUAAUUAUU